UCUGAAACGAGCCAGGGAGGGGAAUAUCCGAGAGGAAAGGACCGACCAAAGUGAUUUUGGGAGAAGGGGGAAACCGAAAACGCAUUCCCCCCUCUGUCGCCUCCAGCUCUCCGGUCGGAUCUGAGGAUAUGUGGAUGAACUUGUCCGCGCCGUGUCGGCAGCAGCGAGUCCCACCGUCCGCAUGAGCUCAACCCGUGUGAAGUUGUGGAUUUACCGUCGUGUUUUCGGGACCCGGCGGCGGAGCGGCUGAGGAUGGAGAUUUUGGGAAGAGGAGCUUAACAUGCAACGCACAAAAGGAUGACUCUAAAAUAUGACAGAUUCGUCUGCUAAACACCACUCUGAGGCAACUUCAAAGUCUUAAAGUGAUAGUCACAAACACAAAACAAGACGGACCACAGAGAGAAAAGAGUAUUUCCCCUAGAACCUAAGGGACUUGAUAUUACUACCACACAAAUGUGGACCUCCCAAAACGUUGUCAUCAAAUAAUCUGAACAACAAAAUAAAGCAGCAGCACAGCAGUUAUAACUUGAAGAACUUUGUAGCCAUGUCUGACCAUAAAGACAUGACACAUCGCCACUUGCGGCACAAGCUACAGAGUCUCGGCCGAAGACUCGAUGAACUGGAAGAAGCAACCAACAAGCUGCAGAAGUCUGAGGAUGAGCUACUUGACCUGCAGGACAAAAUCAUCCAGGCAGAAGGCAGCAACUCAUCCCUGCUUGGUGAUGUGGAGGUCCUGAGGAAACAUCUCUUAAAGAUCCAGGGUAAAGAUGAGGAGGUACGCAAAGCCGAGGACCUCUGUCGCACAGUCAGAGAGAAACUGGAAGAGGAGGAAAGCCUUACAAAGGACCUACGGGCAGAGAUUGAGCGUCUACAACGGAGGAUGGCCGAACUAGAGAAACUGGAAGAAGCUUUUGGGAAAAGCAAGUCUGACUGCAGCCAGCUCUGCCUAAGCCUCAAUGAGGAGAAGAACUUGACUAAGAAGCUCUCGUCUGAAUUGGAGGCUCUCAAAGCACGUUUGAAGGAGGUGGAGGGGUCUGAGACAAAACUGGAUAGGGCAGAGCAGGCUUUGGCUAUGGAGCUUGAGAAACUCAAAGGGUUCACCCAGACCUUUGUGAAUGAGCGUAAGAGGCUACUAGAGAAACAGAGAGAGGACGAGAAGAUCAUUUUAAAGUUGACAGAAAAACUGGAGCACCAGAAGAACCGCCUUGGCAUGUCGGCAGACACUGGUCGUACAGAUUUCAUUAGGUCACGAAUUGAGGAUGAGCUAUCAUCCACAGGGCUUCUCACAAGUAAACUGACGGGGCGCAAGAAGAGCCUUGACUACUUGAAGAUGGCUGAUGACAACAUUGGCCAUGUGAACAAAUCUGAGAAUGAGAAGAACAUUGGUCUCGAGGGCUCACAGGAGGAGGACAACAAAGUAAAGGAGCUGACACAAGAAGUAGAGAGGCUGAAGAACCGUCUUAAACAGCUGGAGAUAGUGGAGGAGGAUCUAAAGAGCUCGGAGUCCAAACAUGGCGAACUUCAUGAGAAGUUCCAGAUGGAACGAAACAGGACUCGCCAACUAAGCGAGCAGGUGGAACAGCUCAGGACGCAGCUGGGCGGAAAAAGUGGAAUUGGAAGAAAUGGAACCAGUACUGUGGAUAAGCACGGCAACGGAGCUACUAACAUUUGCCCCAGCAGCCCUGCUAAGGUCCUUGAAAAUGGCAAAGCUGAGAAUGAAGAGAUUAUUUUGAAGGGAGGUUUCAGACAAGAGAAGCCCAAAUAUAGGAGUGCUGCAACUGUGUCAGAACCGAGUUCCCCGAAACACAGGAACAGGGAGCUCUCUCCUCAGCAUAAGAGAGAGACCAAGCUGAGGAACAAAGAGCUAAGCCACUCAGAGGAGAGCUCUCCCAAGUCCAUGAGGAGAGCCCUCAGUCCUGCUCACAAGAGUAGAAGGACACCCAAAAACCCAACUACUGCAAUUUCAUCUGAUAACGGAUUAAGAGACACAGGGCGAGGAACUGAGGAAAAAACAAGAGGAGCCACUGGCUCUGUAAACACACCUUCAAGUGAUGCAAAAAAAGCAUCUGUUCUUAGUCGCUACCCUCCAGCAGCUAAUGACCAGAAGCCACUGAGGACAGUUCACAAACAGACUGAUGGGGAGACUAAAAAGAGCAGAGUAGAAAAGUUUUCAAAAUUAUAUGUUGGUAGUGAUAGUGAAUCAAACAACUCUGAUGUAGUGCCUGAGAGUUCCAGUAACAUCAACAGUUCAUCUGUUUUAGAAAAGGACACAGCGUCUGCCUCAGAUCAAGAAUCAACAGACCAGGUUCAGGAUUCAGUUGCUGUAUCUGUUGCCUCCACGCUGUCCAAAGCCAAUGGAUCCUACACAGCCUACAGAUCCCAUGUCACUCCACUGCUAUCUAACGACCAGGCAUCAGAGGGUCAUUCAUCUGCCUCUGAAACAGAGUCUACUGGUUCAAGGCCCUCUGAACCAGAGCCUGUAACUGAGACGACUACUACAACUGGAACCAGUAGGACUGCAACCUCCAGAUAUCCUAGAUACUCCCAUGUCCAUGAAUCUCAUUCAGAGGGUUCUUCUACCAGGAGCUCGUUUGAUGAGGAACUCCACAGCAGAACACCAUUAGCCGAGGGAGGCCACCAGGGGUCAACACAUACUGCAUCUGGGAUUGAGAUCCAGCGAGUAUGCAGCCCACGUGAGGCACUUAGGUCAAAAGCUGUCAUCAAGCCAGCCAUCGUUGAGAUUGACCGUAAGGAAGUGAUGAUUUCAGAACCUUUGUCUACAAAUGGAAAACCCAAAAUCUCUACCAAACCUAUCGUGACCACCACUAGUAAAAUGACCAGUAGUAUAACCAUCUACCCCAAUGACCCAAGCUCUUCCAGAACUAGCAGUCGCAGCAGCAGUGUGUCCAGUGAACCGUUACCGAUCAAGGAACGUCACACCUCGACCAGUAACAUCCUCAUAGGCCCCAGCAGUGAGCACCAUGGCAGCAUCUCCGUCCCAUAUGAGAUCUCCAUUCCCAAGAGCGAGAUCACCAUACGGCCGUGCCAGGACCAGGACUAUGGGAUGGACAACCACAAUGAUUCCUCAUCGCGGUCCAAACUCCACAACACUUCCAGAGUGGAGACCACCACCAGCCACCUGUGCUGCCAACGCAGCAAUUUCAGCGUCCAGUCCCCAGACACCACCUCUGCAGACUUAAACGACACAGAGUCAGGCUUCGAAAGCAGCAGCAGCAGUAGCACCACCACGGUCACCAGCUGGAGACGCCAAAGACAAACCCAGCACUCCCAAGAAGACAGUUUACCAGACAUGAAGAAUGUGACUGUAAGAAGCACCUGGAGGAACCGGGGCCCUGCAUCUGUGGAUGAGACAGGCCAGGGAAGAGGAAGUACAAGGACGAUGACUGAUGGUGGGUCAGAGGAUGAAGCAGAGGCCGCAACAACAUGGAGGGCUUACCGGGCAACCACCUUCGAUACAGAAGAGAUGAUAAACAGUGGAACAGGAGCUGGCGGGAAUGCUGAGGCCCAGAAGGGAGCCAAGCCGUCCCCUGCAGAGGUGUACAUGCGUAGGAUCAACAGUGUGGUUACUAACACUAGAGAAGUUGAGGAACCAGGGCUUCGCAGAGGCAAACGCUCACAGUCUCCCGCCAUGGAGGCAGGAAGCGGGGGAAGGAUCAUUCCCCACGCACCUGUGACCUCUCAGUCCUGGGGCCGAUCAUACACACAACAACCACAGGCUGCUGAUAGCGCAGAACCCAGUCCAAACCCGAGCCACAGCCCGGCCUCCUGGAGGCGGCAGAUACCCAGCAGCAACUCUCACCACCUGGGGAGCUCUUACGACCGGGCGUCCAAGGCAGCAGGGGCCUCCUCCAGAGGGGACCUCUGGUCCAGUCGGGGUCAAGGAUCGGGGGCCAGAGCUGAGGGGAGGAGCGGAGCAGGGAGCAGACUGUGGAGCCAUCGUCAGGCUGAACAUCACUAGACCCACUGGGUCUGAACAGGACUUCUGCAGCAAAAGGACAGCACUCCAUUAAUCUCUCAAUGGCACAAGGAAGGCCAAACAUCAGUCUCCCAUCAACUAGUGGCUACACCAUUACCACCAUCUCCAAAAGUCAACAUCUACGGCUUUAAUAACAAGCAAAGAAAAGAAAAAUAGCCGUUGCAGCGGUAUAGGACAACAAACCACAGACAUCCUUACUCCGACCCUGAGUGUACGCUGAGACGUGAACGGCUCUUCCGAUCCGGACCUUUCUCUGUCCCAAAAGACGCAUAAAUGGAAAGACGGUGCCCGUACGGUGUUUCGGAGGUCGCCUCGCCAGCCCAUGUAUCCUCUCCUGCUUCUUGUGUUGGAUGUGUUAUAGUGUAAUCCCAAAACUUGACAAGGGAGAGGCCGGCAUGCUGGAGACGGCUGGAGAUUUUCCAGCGUGCCAGAGAGGGUUUAAAGAGAGUUAGAGAAAGAAGGACUCAAGUGUUGAGAAUGCCUUUCUCAGAGGACCAUUGCAGUGACCUCAAUGGAGCCGGAUGUGUCCCCUGCAUCAGAAUUUUAACUGUUUUUCAUAACUGAAAAAAACAACCCGAUCUUCUGUCAACAAACAGCACGAUGGUUAGGACGCCUCUUCAUCUCACAGGGCCGGAUCGUCAUGCAGAAUUCUUCACAAGCUAAAGGAUCUUUACCUUGAAUGUGACCAAAAACAGGAAGCGAAUUACCAUCUUUGCUGACUCGUACCAUGAUAUUCACUUCUUCUUACUGAAGUCACACUUGCUUUGACAUCCGUAUGUGCUUUUUUUCCCCUGAUUUCCUCACACGUAUGUACGCAGAAACCAUACAAACACAUGCACAAACAGCAGGAAAACACAUCCACACAUUAAACUUUUGGUUUAUUUUUAACCCGUGUCUCCACUCCCUGGCAUGCAGCCUCGAUUUAAUUUGGAGAUGUUGAGCAAACAUUUGCAUGUUUCUAAGUAAUAACUGAGGAGCGCUUAAAAGAUUGUGACUCAGCAUGCGCUCUGCUGAGAGGAUUGCUGGUUUGCUGCAUUUAAAGAGCACACACGCACACACAUUACUUCUAACAGGCCGGGACCUUAUUUAUGCUUUUUGUCAUUUUCACCACUUAUUUUGAUUCUUUGUAAUUCGCUUCCUGUUCUGCAUUAUCUUCUUCCUUUCUGCUCAACCAUAUCAAGACAAAUAAAAUCAGAGUUUGCACGCAAUUAAAUGCAAUACACAUGUAGAAAAAAAAAGAAUAACUGGGGAGGCGGGGAGGGGGCAUUGUUUAUAACCUCAAACCAUGCUACAAUUUCCAUGGUGCUUCGUCUUACAGCUGUUGCAAUUGUCCUCAUUCAUGUAUUUUGAAAGAGCCAUAGCGAAAAGGAGUUUCUGUUUUAACUGAACGUUGGACUUUGGAGUACCAGCAAACCUGGCCUGGCAAGGUUGAUAUAUUUUCAGUGCUGUUGUAAAUACUGUGUACAUGCCAGCCAGUCAUAGGAAGACACAAGACUUCCAACCACAAGGAACUGACAGUCCAGCUUGUGUGUGUGACUGGGUUCGCAGUGCGAAUCGUCGCCGCUUCUCUCCAUAUCUAAUUUCUAUAGAGGUGUAUUAUUUUGCUACGUCAUAAAAUAUGAACCUGUGGUUGGUAUAUUGGAGCAAUCUCUCAUUGGCCGGGGCCACUGCAGCAACAGGGGGUGCCAUUGAAACUGAUUUUAGUAGUGUCCGGUAAUAGAAUAAGGUUUUCGUUUAGGUGAAUGGUGCAUAUCGAUGACAGAAACCUCACUGGCGUUGUCAAACUCUUCUGUAAUGUUCGAGUCUCUCCCCAGGCUCCUGCUGGAUUUAAGAUCUGCCACACAAGAGUCAGUGCAGUUUGACAGGCGAUGUAUAGUAAACCUCGAUCCCACAACAGAAUCUAUGAAUGUUGCUAUUGAAUGCAGCUGAGAAUGACCGAUCGCUUGAAUGGCUUAAUGCGCCAGCCCAACAUGACUCUGCUGUAAUGGUUUUCAGUGCUGCGUUGAGUCAGAUCCUGCAGGGGACGGCCUGUUUCACUCUGAGUACGUUUCUCAGCUCUCCUGUAUUCUACCAGCCGCCCAAUAUUUAUUAGUCUCCAUGUAUGUACAGGUUCUUUGAUCGUGCGGGAGCCCAGUCUGUCACCGCUUUGUCACUUUACUGUUUAUGCAAGCAGGAGAUUAUAUGCAAUCAAUAAACUGCCCCCUCCAUGCAAUGUCUGUAACUGUCAGUCAUCACGCUGUGCGCACAAGCAGAGCAGAGGUGAUGACUUUAGUCAUAAAAACUGAAAUGUUUAAUGUCAGAAUGCACAUUUUCACUAAUGUUCCAGUACCUUUACCCUCUGUCAGAAUAAACUACAGUAUGUUCUUCUGUGCCUUGAGAUACAGUAAGAGCGGUAGAUUGUCCCAACACAUCCAGACCGGCAACAUAUUCUUAGACCCGCUGUGCACAUACAUGCAAUACCAAUUGUGAGGUUCUUUUUUUAACUUCAUAUUGUUUUUUUUUGUUGUUGUGAUUUUUUUUUAACAUCAUAAAAGUAUUUUAGUUUAAGCGUAAAAAGAGGUUCUCCGAGGGAACUCCUCCCUGAGGGAUGUCAAAGUUCCCAGAGAAAAAGCUUUUUUUUUUUCAAUCCUAACUUCAAAGUACCCUUUUAAAGAAUAUAGACCGCACCGCCCAAACGGCUACGUCCUUUGGACUUGUCUGUCAGAGUCGCAGGGUGCAGCGCAGGCUCAGAAAGGAUUGCCAUGUGGCCCCUUCACAGCCACUGCUGCCUUUAUGAUAGAGCAAAAACAGACCAGACAUACUGUUCAGAGCUCUUGGUGCACACGCCAAGACCGGAUGAUCAUGUAGCCCUUAUGUGCUUUCUUUGUUGCUGUUUCUAAUACCACCCUUCUCAUUUACCAAGAAAGAAUGUCAUCUCUUCCCCAAUCUCUCAUCUUUUCAGCCGAUUCCAAUUUUCCUUUUAGUAUUUUAGAGAAAUGUCCCUCCCCCUUUCCCUCUUCCUCUGUUUCUCUGCAUCUUCCCUGGAUUCUCAGUUCCUAAAGGGGAAGCUGAGGUGAUGUGUGUUGCUGGUGCAGGGGGUUGUUUUGUUAAAGGCCAGAGGCCUGUCACCAGACAGUGAUGGGCAGCUCCCUGGGUAGCUGAAAGGUUGGAGGUCAGGGCUGCGUCUAAUCCUGUCUUUACGUCUUGACUCAGGGCUUCUAAAUACAGGAGGGAGGAAGACGGACGGCUUGGCAGCGAUGUCCACUUUAGGGAUAAUUAAAACAGACGAGGGUAUCGAGUGUCCAGCUCUGCCUGCCGCUCACGCUGCCGGGCAUACUCAUGGUGUGGUGGGUGCGAGUUGUUAUUAAUAUGUCAGCGAGGGCUCUCGUUUUGAAGCCGGUGUGUUGUAAGCUGCUGCAGAUCCCAGUAAGAAGGCGCCGAAUGACAGAUGUGCACGUGUGAUUGUCGGAGUUGGCGCGCAGGGCCGGACGUGUGUUUUUUUUUUAAAUAGUGGAGGCUGACCUCACUGUGGGUCAGGAUUACUGUAUAUAGCAACUUGGUGAUGCAACCACCUCCACCCUCACCCUGCCUUACUGCUCCCAUAAUGUCCUGGUGUCACCUGUUUCUAUCCACCCAGCAAUAAGACUGCCAUGCAGACAGUCCUACAGUUUCACCCGUCCUCGCUACAACUAUAAGUGCAACCUCUAUCAAUCAUUUGUCUCUUUCACUUUCUCUCACCCUAUAGAGAGUAUUUGAGUCGGGGUCCCAGGAAGAGCCCAGCUGUCGGAAACUGUAGGUUUUAUGACGCGUUGGAUGGUUUCCCUCCCGGAGGCCUGCUUCAAAGAAAUGCAGGGCUUAGGGCGAGGGCAAAGUUGAAACUGCAAACUCUGCUAUGCACGCUGCCUUUCUUCUUUACAAGGCCCCAAAGUACACUAACACCCAACUGUGCAUCCACUCCGUCCACUGGAACCUGGCUGGCCUCUGUGUGCCAGCAUGAAGGAUGAUUUUGAGUUACAUGCCUGCCACUCACAUGUUAAGGUCUUGCGCGUUGCUUCCAGCAGCGAGCGCCUGUAUCGCGUUGACAUAGUGGAAUGUACUGACUGGUCAUCUGGGACUCAAGUAAAGACUUCACAGGUUUCGAGACUUCUAUGACUUUUGUGACACUAUAAAGAAACGGCUGGGGGGCCCUAUUGGAGCUUAUGCCGGUUCCUCUCCUCCCUCAGCGACGGCAGGUUUGCAGAACACUUGUGUAAUUGGUAUGAUAGCUGCUGCAGGAGCAGAAUAUUUAGGACAGGGCUACGAAUGAUUUGCAAAUUCCCACAAGGACGAGUGGUGGUUCAGCAGCGGAGAGAAAGGAGGCUGCUUCCGCUUUCCUGCUCGAAUACCAACUAAAGAGUUAGCAGAAAUCCUCUUAAGUUCUGCUGGUGUGUGUAUAAACAUCCGUUAUUUACAAGUCAUUGUUUUUUUCCUUUUUAUAAAGUAGACUAGAAUGUACUUAGUGGAGAUUGGAGUGGUGGGGCAGAAAUGGCUCGCGGGCAGUGAGCGGGCCCUUGUCCUCAAAGGCCUCCAUUGUGAAGCCAGGGUCAUGGUGUCAUUGGGUGGCGUAGGCUGUAAUCUGCACUUAACCAGCACUUAACUUUAAGACCUCAAACGACUAAUGCCCCCUUAGUCCCCUUUGUCAAAAAGCUUCCUCUUUCGUGUCCCAGAAUUGCGCUUUAACUCUGUUUCAGUAGCCGUUCGCUGAAUGUACCACAGUCACAUGUGUUUUGUGUUUUUUGCACCAGCCAAAUUAGAGUAAUUAAGAAUCAUCUCAGCAGUUAAGGAAAGGAAAUUGGCGUGCGCUCAGCGAAUGAAUCAUGUUUGAACACAUUUUUUUGAGGUAUGGCGCCCUGUUAUGCCUGCAUCUCAGCCUUCUAACGUCGUGCCAAAAUCAUUCCACAGUAUUUCCAGUUUACAGGUAGAGACAGUGCCAGUGCUUCCCCAGGUGGACACCCUGUCUCUAAAAUGCUGAAAAUUAAGGGGAAAUAAUCAAUUUGAGGAUUUCUUUUUUUCUGCUUAUGUAUGUUUUUAUUUCUUUGUUAAACAAAAGAUGUCUUAUUUUGGAAGCUAUAUCGGAUAGAUUUUAUUUAAGGAAAAUCUUGUAAUUUUGUAAAGUGGGCCUUAUUAUUGAAAUAUAUUAAGUAUUUGUCCAUCUUGAUUUUAAGAAUGAUAUUUUUUGCAAGAUAAUGUAUCUUCCGCAUUGCUAUUACACUCCUGGAGAGUACUUCUUCCUGUAUUUUGUGUUUGUUAUUUUAAUGCAAGACAUUUCUCACGACCUGGAGACGUGAUGGCACACCGUGGAUCAGAGAGAGACAGAGGCCGGGGUUGUGUCAUAGUCACUGAAGAAUGAGAGCGACGUGCAUCUCGUCAGAGCUGAGCAUGUCUGCGGUGCUGAGCGGUUCGCCAUGUGUCGCCCCGAUCUUGUCGGGGGGCGUUCAGCGCCGCGGCCCCGUCGCCGCUCUGCUCUCCCUCGCUCAUAAAUUCAGGGUUUGUACAUCUUCUGUGCUGUAUGUUUGCAAGUGCUGCCAAAGAAAGAAGCGUGCAGGCCCCAGAAACAUAACAUAAACGCACACAAAUAGGACUUACAUAUAGCUGGAUCUCAUCUCUCCGACACACGUACAUGCACAGAUCUAAGAAUUUCAGGCCUGUACAAUCGUUUUUUGUUUGUUUUUUUAAAUUACCGAGUGUUUAAGUUCAUUUUGUGUGCAGAAGAAGAAGACAGACAGACAGAGGUGUCAAACACAAAAAUGUGUGUAAUGCAUUAAAAUCAAAAGGGUUUUUAUGAUUUAUUAUUGCUUCUCAGUCUGUCAGCGAUGCCAGUUGGACUCUGUGGGGAGGCUGUUUUUUGUUUUUUCUCUCUCUUUGUUUUAGACUUAAUACAUUGUGCAUGUUUUAACCUUACUGUGGCUGGCGCACUCUGCAUGUAGGUCUCUUGAAGCUGCCAACUGUACAGCAAACCAUAUGUAUUCCAAUAAAAAUAAAAACCAACCUGUUUGUAA